CAAGAAAUGUGUCGUGACCAUCGGAUUAAUUCCGUUUCAUGACAUGACAGGCGGUCACCAAACCCCCACGGCCACGCACGGACAUCCGGACACGGGGCGAGACGGGCGGGCUGGGCCGGGUCCUAUGUAUGGUAUGGUUCCGCUGGCGUUCCGUGCCGUGGACGUUGUGUUGGUCUAUCUUUAUUUACUGCAUUUUGACAUGAAGGAGUGUUGUCUUCAAAGUUCAGAGCUAAGUGAUGAUGAAAACUUCAAACUGUACAGUAAAUGUAACAACCCUAAUGGCCAUGGUCACAAUUACAAAGUUGAGCUGACAUUGCGAGGAAAGGUUGACCCAGUGACUGGCAUGGUUAUGAACAUAUCAGAUCUCAAGAUUUACAUGAAGAAUGGUUUCCUUGAUUUGCUCGAUCACAAGAAUCUUGAUAAGGAUGUAAACUACUUUGAGUCAACCGUUAGCACAGUGGAGAACAUUGCUAUCUUUAUCUGGGACAGAAUGGCAGAGUGUCUUCCAGAUCCAUCACUUCUCUAUGAGGUCAAAGUUCAUGAAACUGAUAAGAAUAUUGCAGUCUACAGAGGAGAAUGAGACUAGGAUUGCAGCUAACAAAACCGAGGGUUAGAGCUUUAAAACAAGAAGAAUAGAAGAACACGACCACGGACAAGACCCCCCCCCCCCCCCAUGGGUCACGAUUUUGUGAAAUUGGUAGGAGUAUCUUCAUCUGGGACAGAAUGUUGGAAUGUCAGCCAGAUGCUGUAAUCAUCUGAGGUCAAAGUUCACAAAACUGUGGUUUACUUUAUUUUGAAUCACCUUGAAAUCUGCAGAAGAGAUAGAGGUCAAUGAUGUUAUUGCAUUAAUUGUUAUGUCUGAAAAGGCUGAAGGAAAAACCCAAGAAUUUUGACUCAAAACAUGGACUAUGUGCAUGCGAUGAAUGGCAUUUGGUUGAUUGCAUAUGAAAUGUGUGCCUGGUGUGCCUGCCUCCAUCAGCUCUCCCCCUUCCGAUAUUGCAACUGGGUAAAACUGCCAGGUUAUAUGUAGGAAGGGCUUUUGAAAUUUUAGCAACGUUGUUCUGAAGUUCUGAUAUUGUCACACUUGACUCGGGUGAUGGAUAUGAACAUGCGUUUAUCAUUUCACUAGCCAGAAUGAUAGUUUUAAAUGUAAAUAAGUACUAUAAUCAUGGAAGACAGCAGUGAGAUCCAUUGCAUCAAUUUUCGUUUGUUACUAUAAUUUUUUUAAUUUCUCAUAAAAAAAAUUGAUAUAUGAUUCUUGUUUGUAUCUUUAAGAGCAGGGUUGUACCAACCACACUUUUCGAAUACAUUCCAGUAUCAUAUUAUAAUUGUGCUAACUUCUUUCAAUAUUUUGUAUUUCAGUGGAGCCAGAGUCUUAUGAUUUGAUAAAGGUUUAGAGGUUCGACCAAUGACAUAGUGAAUACAAUGGAUCUUUAUUAGUUGGAUAUUAUAAAAUGGGUUUCUUCUCCAUUAGGGACCUGUUUCAUAAAACUUGUUAUGAUAACAAAUUUGCAAUAACAGUUAAAAGCUACUGAAGUCCUUCAAUCUGAUUGGAAGAUAGUAUUUGUUUUUAGAAAUUGUACAUCUGUUAUUAUAAUGUCUUUAUGAAACAGGACCUAGAACAUACUAGCGCCACUGUGAGCAUUUUUCUCUUGCUAUACUGCUAAUUGUUAAUUUAUAACAAGCUCAUUUUAUAGUUUGAUUGGGCUUGUGUUUCAAAACAAAAUUGAAAAAGAUAAAUUUUCAAUUUGAAUCAAAUUAUCAUGUUCGAAAGUGAUGUCAGAAAAAAUUGUCAGCUGAAUGCUAAAGUUUUUAUUCGCUAUAAUCCUGCCUCAUAAUUAAAUAAUUGUACUUAUUGUAAGAAAAAAUCAAAUAAAUUAACUUGGUGUUGCAAUUAGGAGUUUGUGGCCAAUUAUUUCAUAUUUAGGUUUUUAAGGAAUUAUGGAAUAUAUGGAAAUCAUGGUCAAGGGCUCUUACUUAAAAAUAAAUGCCAGUUGUAGAAACAAUAUUAGAACAAGUUCAAACAGAAUCCAAUAAGAUUACCAUCCAGGGGCCCAUUUCUUAAAGCUGUUCGUAAGUUACAAAUGACUUUACGCAUGACUGGUGAUCCUUUCUUGUGCUAAAUGAUAUCCCUAUGUAACUGAUUUAGCACCAAAGAACAGGUUUCAGUCAUACGUAAAGUUAUGCGUAACUUUACGAACAGCUUUAUGAAACACCACCCUGGGUGUUUUUAUAAGUUAGGUUAUGUAUAAUAUAUGUUUCAUUUAUGGUAGUUGAAAGCACAUUUCCAUACAAAGGACUACAGUGAAAUAUGAACUUAUGAACUUAUUUUCAGGUCUAUGAUUGAUAUGGUGACAAAUAAUCUUGAUUUUAUUUUUGAAGACUUUCUCAUGGAAAUCGUUUCUGCAACUACCUUUGUUUAGCUCUGAUAUUGAUUCAUUAUAAAAAUCUUCCGGCUUGGCUGCAUGGUGUUACAAUUAAUCAUAUUGUUUCCAGUUACUUUAUCUAUUAAUUCUCUCUUGUGUAAUAAUUGCAUUUGAUACUAUUUACCUUUUUGUACUAUUGAUUUAUUUCUCUGUUUAUUUAAUUACACCUGAGACUUUAAUCGUAAGAAAUAUGAUCUUCUAAACACUGUCUGCUUCACCAUUUUUUUAUAUUCUGUUUUUUUUAUUGAAUGGUAUUCAUUUAAUUCAGAUAGUAGCAUAGAUAGUAUUUAUAUUUUAAGGUAAUGUUUAGUUUUUACCUGUUGAAAUCUGUCACAGAAACCAGUUGGAUGAAUACCCAGGCUUAAAAGUCAUGAUUGAGACAAAUCACUGGUACUCAAAGAUGUUCACUUUUUUUGUUAAUAGUUUUUGUCUCACCUGCAUAGCAGAGUGAGACUAUAGGCGCCGCUUUUCCGACGGCGGCGGCGGCGGCGGCGUCAACACCAAAUCUUAACCUUAGGUUAAGUUUUUGAAAUGACAGCAUAACUUAGAAAGUAUAUGGACCUAGUUCAUGAAACUUGGCCAUAAGGUUAAUCAAGUAUUACUGAACAUCCUGCCUGAGUUUCAUGUCACAUGACCAAGGUCAAAGGUCAUUUAGGGUCAAUGAACUUAGACCAUGUUGGGGGAAUCAACAUCAAAAUCUUAACCUAAGGUUAAGUUUUUGAAAUGUCAUCAUAACUUAGAAAAUAUAUGGACCUAGUUCAUGAAACUUAUACAUAAGGUUAAUCAAGUAUCACUGAACAUCCUGCAUGAGUUUCAGGUCACAUGACCAAGGUCAAAGGUCAUUUAGGGUCAAUGAACUUUGGCCGAAUUGGGGGUAUCUGUUGAAUUACCAUCAUAACUUUGAAAGUUUAUGGAUCUGAUUCAUGAAACUUGGACAUAAUAGUAAUCAAGUAUUACUGAACAUCCUGUGCAAGUUUCAGGUCACAUGAUCAAGGUCAAAGGUCAUUUAGGGUCAAUGAACUUUGGCCAAAUUGGGGUAUUUGUUGAAUUACAGCCAUAAAUUUGAAAGUGUGUUGGUCUAGUUCAUAAAACUUGGACAUAAUAGUAAUCAAGUAUCACUGAACAUCCUGUGCGAGUUUCAGGUCACAUGAUCAAGGUCAAAGGUCAUGUAAGGUCAAAGAACUUUGGCCACGUUGGGGGUAUUUGUUGAAUUGCCAUCAUAUCUCUAUGAGUGUAAUGGUCUAGUUCAUAAAACGUGGAAAUAAGAGUAACCAAGUAUCACUGAACAUCUUGUGCGAGUUAUAGUAGUUUUCAAAAUCAGCACUGCUGCUAUAUUGAAUCGCGUGAUGCAGGUGAGACGGCCAGAGGCAUUCCACUUGUUAUAUUUUUGAGUUGCCUACCUAUUUUUUUGGCUUGAUGGUAGGCCAUAUCUCUUAAGAAUUUCACAUUCAUUGGUUGCCAACAAUGAAUUUACCAAUUAAAGUGUUUGGUCGAGAGCUUUGCAACUUUACUAAAUCAUUUCAUUCCUGAUGUAAAACUUGGUGACUUGCUAUUCUUCAUAUAUAUCAUUUAUGUUUUGUUGUUUUAACAUUACUGUUGAGAUAGUGCAAUAUAUUGAAUAAGUUUUUAUAACAUAUUUAAAGGCCUUGUCACAUUGUACUUACGUGCAUGCCUUUUGUGUCUCGUGCGGAUAACUAUAUUUGCUACCUGCAGGUCGCGUGAAAUUCAUUUGCAUUGACAGUAUCCCACACGCAUAUGCAGUUGUCGAAGAAGUGCACGUAAGUCUUAUUUGCACGCAGAAUAGUUUUGAUCAUGCUCAAAACUUUUUUGCGGGUUAGUUGCGGGCAAUCGUCUGCAACUCACCUGCAAGGCUACACAUACAGCAUAGAACGAUGUGAUUAGACCUUAAAGAACAAUAAAAACGGUGUAAAUCCCAUCAUUUCUAUUUCAUGUUUUUUCGAAUACCACUGAAAUGUAUUGGUAGUCACAGAACUCCUACUUUACCAGAAUUGGUUAUUGUUGAAUACUUCAUGUUGUGCGAUGAUAAUAUACUGUAAACCGGUUAGAUUUCCGGUAAUUAUUUGAAUUUGAUUAAUUACAUUGUUAUUGGUGAAUAUAUAUUUAUAUUUAUUUUGUAAGUAAACAAAAGAAUUGAUAUUUACAUUUA